AUGGAAGACGACGAUGGCGGAGGCCUCCUCCUGCUGGGAGGGGUGGUACCUCUGCAGCAGCCGCAGCCGCACGUGAAGGAGGAGGAGGAGGCAAAGGGGUUCGUGGCCCGCCUCGCUGGCCGUGGAAAGGGCAAAAAGGAGGAGGGCGGCCCACAAUACCACCACCCCGGCACCACCACCACCACCGCCAGCAGCAGCAGCAGGAGGCCAACGACGCCAACGGCGGCGAGGUGCGUGCACGGCGGGGGCACUACGUGUGCGGGGUGGUGCGUGCGUACGUUCGCGCGGUGCUUCGUGGUGGGGUCGGGCCUCAAGACGCUCCUCAACGUGCUCGUGUUCGCGGCCUUCCGGCGGGGGCGCCCCCUCACCGCGCGGCUGGUCCUCCGCACCCUGCUCGACCUGCGCUAUGGCCUCUUCCUGGGCACCUACUCCUCGGCCUGGAAGGCCCUCUCCUGCCUCACACGCGCCGCCCUUCGACGCACCGGACCACCGCCACCCGCACCUCUGCCGCACGCCCAACCGCGAUCAUCAUCAUCAUCAAGACUUGCGCUGCUGCUGCCACCGUCGCGACGGCCACGCGGUGCCGCCGCCGCAGUUGUAUCGCUGACCUCGUCGGGGAGCGAGGUGGCGGCCCUGCCCGGGUCCCUGGCCCGUCCGUGCUCCUCCCUCGCUCUCGACGCCGCCGCCGCCACGACCACGACCUCUUCGGACCUCGACGACCACGACCAAGAGCAGCAGGUCGACGGCGGCGGCGACGACGACGAGGUGGGGUGGGAAGAAGAAGAAGAAGAGGAUGAGGUGGCGGUGGCUGACAGAGACAGGCGGGAGCGGUGGAUGCUGUGGGCGGGAGACCUGGCGGCGGGGGCGGCGAGCGGGCUGGCGCUGUACUGGCUACCGCAGGGCGAUCGGAAGGGCCUCGCCCUCUACGGCCUCACGCGUAGCGGCGAGUUCCUCGCCCGCUUCCUCUCCGCCAACCGCCUCCUCCCGCCUCUCCUCGAACGACUCGCGCCCCACGUUGACGUCGCCCUCAUGACCCUCUCCGCGUCGCAGAUCCUGUUUUCGUAUAUCAUGGAGCGGGACACGCUAGACCCGACCUACUCGAGCUUCCUGAUCAAGUUCGGGGGCAAGGACGUGCGCGUCAUCGACUCCAUCGCACCCCUGCGCAGAGGCGGCAAGCUCAACCGGGCCAUGUUCAUGGAGUGGGCGCGGGAGCACCAGCUCAAGGACGUCAUGGGCGUCCUGUUCGGCCUCCACCACUACAAGAUCUGCGACGUCGUACACCCCGACUCCAACUGCUUCUCGCACUUUGCCGGGUUCACGUACGAGGCGUUCUGGCGGGCGUUCCCCAUGUACGCCACCCUGCACUCGGUGACGACCCUCGUCUUCCUCCUCCUCAAGCUGCGGGGCUUCAUCGUGGCGCGCGGCUACCACCGCUCCCUUGCCUUCGAAGUGCUGCCUCCCUCGUCGUCGUCGCCACCGCCACUACCGACCGAGAGAGCGGACGACGCCACGCACCUGGAGCUCGUCCCCGCCUGUGCUGCUACUGCCGCUGCCGCUGGCAACGACGGUGGUGGCAGGGGCCGGCUCGCCCUCCACCGGGAUGCCUCCAUGCGAGCUCUCCACGACAGCGACCACCACGACAGCCACGGUGGUGGCCGGCACGACGACGAAGGCGGCAACACCAACACCACCACCACCACCAGCAUCAACAAGGACACCGACCAGGUGCGGCGCCAGGCGGAGGGCGCGGAGAAGAGGCGCCGAGGGCCGCGGGAGCUGGGGCGCAUGGUGAGCUGCAGCAUCCGCAAUCUGUGCGGCCACCUGCGCACGCGCGCCCACGUGCUCGCCCUGCUGCGCUUCGUCCUCACCCAGGUGCUCCCCAAGCUCGCCCUCAACAUCACCCGGUCGUCGCUGUUCCUGGGCCUGUACUGCGCCGCCGGGUGGUUUAGCGCGUGCCUUGCGCAGCGGGCCUUCCUCAUGCGCGACGUGCGGUGCUUCUACCCCGUGCUCGCCCUCCCCGGGUUGGCGUCGCUCAUCGAGGUGCCGGCGCGUAGACGCGAGCUGGCUCUGUACUGCCUGCCCAAGGCCAUGGAGAGCUGCUACGCCGUGUGCAAGAAGUACCACAUGAUCCCCCGGGGCGUGCAGUACUUCAAGAACGGGGAGGUGUUCCUCUUCAGCGUGGGCUCGGCGCUGACGCUCUUUUGCUACCUCAACGGCAAGGAGAGCAUCAAGCCCACCUUCCUCCACCUCAUGAACUGGCUCUGGGCCUGA